AUGGCUAAAACUGUAUUUAGUCCAGACGGCGUUCCACUUCCAAACGCCGUUUGGAGACUGAACGACCUGCCACUCGAGGUGGGAGGUCGCCGAUCCAUUUUACCCAACGCCACUCUAGUGAUCAAAGACAUUCAGAGCGUCGACCAAGCCAACUACUCGUGCAGCGUGGAGAACCAGCACGGCAGGGACGAAAUAGUGUACAGUUUGAAAGUGUUGGUUCCUCCAGAGGCUCCUGUACUGACAGUGGUGGAGUCCUUCACCGACAGCUUACACUUGAGGUGGAGCGACCAGGGCAAUGGAGGUUCGCCCAUUUUGGGGUACGUCAUCAAUUACAAGAGAGACCAUGGGGAUUGGGAGGAGUUGCAGAUCUCUGCGAGGACGGACGAGCACAUGUUGAGGAAUCUGUGGUGUGGGAGUAGAUAUCUGCUGUAUAUCACUGCUUUUAAUAGGAUUGGCACGGGACUUCCAAGUGAUAUUGUGCCUGCCCACACGAAAGGCACUGUGCCUGUUCAACCAAAGCAGUCCCAAAUGCUGACCAUGAACGCCACAGUAGUCACCGUGUGGUUGGAUUCCUGGGGCGACGGAGGAUGUGGAAUACUCUACUUCAUAGUAGAGUACAAGACCAGCAGACACUCGUCUUGGACGAUGUCCUCCAAUCACGUAAAGCCCACCGAAAGGAUAUACAGCAUCCAGGAUUUGCUACCGGCUACAGAAUACCAACUGAAAAUUACCGCCCACAACAACGCGGGCGACACGGAGGCCAUCUACAACUUUACAACUUUAACUUUAUUAGGUGUUGUUCCAGAAUUAGCCCCGCCAGUAUCGCACUCAGGAGACCACCCCUUUUACACCAACGCCAAAGUUUUCGUACCCAUAAUGUUGUCGAUAUUCGUGUUAGUUUUGCUAAUAGUCACGCUAUUUUGGAGAAAAAGUAAGUCCAGUUUAAGGGGUAGUACGCAGUUAGGGGAGAACAGUUUUAUUCUAGAUGAAUUUUCUAAUAAUGAAUAGUAUUAGUCCAUAAAACAUAAAAAAUAAGUCACUAUUUUUUAUGGACUCUUUUGUUUUUUAAAUACAGGGCGUUAAUGACGAAUUUCCGCCAUAUCAUUUUCAAAAUAUAGUAUAUUGCAUUGAAAUUUGCUACAGGUAAAUUUCUAAUUGCUAUUUUAGUGCAUGUUAUUUAAAGCUACAACUUUUUGAGGUUAUGUCAUAAGGUAUCAGUAGAACACAUAGAAGUCAGCGACCUCUAUCAGAUGAUCAAAAACUAAACAGUGGCGUAUUUAGCAUUCUCAUAAACUUACCUAUACCAAAUUGCAUUUCAAUUCAUUGCACUUCAUUUAUUUUCUGGAGGUAGAAUGGUUAAAACUGUAUUUUAAAAAAUCGUAUUUGAUUCCCUAGAUCUCAAAAACAGAAGACGAUAAGUUCAUAAAAAAAUAGUUUAAUCACCCGUUAAAUUGUUUGCACUCGUUGCCGUAACACCCUGUAUAGAAGUCUGACAUUUAUACUCAAAUAUUUUUUUUAUAAUUUGCAAGAUGGAUUUAAAACUUUGCCUCUUCUGUUUUUAGUUCAUUUUUAACCUUGAGAUGUAACAUUUUAAAUAUAUUCUGGAAUAUACACGUUUUAUUACAGUAAACAGCUUUUUUGUAUACAAGGCAAGCAACUUACCUAUAUUUUUCUUAAAUAAGUAAAUAAAAAAACAAACAAAAAUUGUUAACCAAAAAGCUUCCUACAAUAUAACUCUUAUAUUUAUUUUAUGUGUU